AUGGCGGGCGUGUUCAAGAACGUGUUCGGCUCUCAGCCCUCGGGAGCUGCUAACCCAGAAGAUGACUUCGCCGACUUCGUCGAGGCCCCGAACCCGUCUCCUGCAUCGCUCGUCGCCGAUACGACCACUAUCCCCGCCUUCAGCACGCAGGGUACCGUCCCAUACACAAAAUGGUAUCGGAUCUGGGAGCGCACCUCGCCUAGCGACUUCAUGCAGGAGGCGAUGAUCAUGCCUUUCAUCCUGGUGGUCGUCCUGUUCCAUCUCUGGGGCACGCGCAAGAACCGCCGCAAGGCGCGCGACUGGGCCAAGGCUCAUAUCCCGGCCUUGCAGAAGGAGUUUGCCGUCGUCGGCUUCGAUGGUAUCUCCCGCUCGGGCCCCGAGGAGGUCACCGUCGAGCUGACCAACCCGGAGAAGCUGUUGAAGGAGAAGUCGGCGCACGAGUUCGCCGCUUAUGCGACUGGUCGUCAGAACGUGGCUUUCCUGGAUGUCGCUCUCACCAUGCCUAAGCGCUACAACCCUAUUACCUACAUCAUGGAGUAUGUCUUUAGCUUCUUCUUCGAGAGCUGGGAGACUCCCGCUGAGAGGUACGAGGCUCUGAUGUACGCUUUCGAUGGCAAGGAGAAGGAUCUGGUCCCCGUCCUCGCCAAGGAUACUUCGUCUGUCAAGGUUGCCAACUCCACUUAUGAUGGCUUCAUCUGGGCCGUUGUGCACAAGAGCCACAUGCAAAAGUUCCGCACUGACCGCUAUGAUGCCUCCAUUACUUUCUCCAAGGAUCACCCCAAGCUCCCAUCCUGGGUUACCGUGAUGAGCGAGAGCGCUGAGAUCACUGAUACUCUGCUUACCCCGGAGCUGAUCCAGGCUAUUGAGCAGGCUGGCAAUGACUUUGAGUUCUUGAUUAUAACUGACCAGCCUAUUGACAAGCCUACCAAGAUCGACGAGACCGUCCCCAAGAAGCGCAUCCAGCUCUCCGUCAACCUCUCGUCCGGCUACUCCUCGACCCUUCCCCUGUUCAACCAGUUCCUUCGCUUCGCCGAUAAGCUCGUCUCCGUCGCCCACUGGCGCGGUGAGGUGAUGCGCAAGAUUCGCAACGUCCGCGAUGAGGAGAUCAAGAAGCUCCGCCGUGCCGAUGAGGAGGAGAAGGCCGAGGAGCGCAAGCUCGCGGCCGAGAAGCUCAAGAAGGAGGAGCGUGAGCGUCUGCUCCGUGGCAUGACUGCCGAGGAGCAGCGCAAGUACCUUGACCGUGAGAGCCAGAAGGGCCAGCGCAAGUCGAUGAAGAAGUACUCCCGUAAGGGUUAA